AGCAGGUUUCAUGAUGACCCAAGGGGCGACAGCUGACAGAAGGCCGUGCUCAGGUGGCCGCAUUUCUCAAGCUUCCCCCUACGCAUGCCAUGGGCCGAUGGCUUGGAGGGAGAUCAGCCGCAACGAUUGGGCAAACAAGUUCAUCGAUGAGCUCUUCAAAGGUGCUGAGAUCAGUUUGGAGAAGACUGAGGGUGCGAAGAUGAGCUUCUUCCGCGUGGAGGUAACUGGAGAUUGCGCACUUGCUGUGAAGGGCGCUGGGAAGCCGCGCCCAAUGUUCGAGAUGAAAAUUGACCUGGAUUGGAAGGUUGAACAGCCUGUCGACAGGGGCAAGUCUUUCGCAGAAGCGAAGGGGCAAAUCCAGGUGACGGAGUUCAGCUCCGAGGACACGGCGGCGCCGCAGAUGAAGCUGAUCUGCGACAACCAGCUGCCUCCCGGAGCCACGCCAGCAUUCCAGGGGCUGAUGACGAAGCUCAACGAUGCGGUAAAGUCCCACGGCAUGCCCGAGGUCAGUCGCAUGCUGUCCCAGGACUUUGUGGAGGCUCUCAAAGAGUCUGCUGCGGGCCCGGCCAGCGACGCUGCGCCCGCCGCCGCGGCGGCGCCCGCCGCUGAAGCGCCCGCGGCCCCAGAGGAGCCAGCCGCAGCCUGACGCUGCCCCGCAAAGGGCGGCCAACAGACUCCCCCACGCCUGGGCGACGCAGCAUCGACGCGAGGGCGGGGAAAAGGCC